ACAGGAAACUAACAGAUUCUAUUGCUGCUUCUGCAAAUCUAGCUGAGAUAAAGCAGUGGACUGUCGCGUCCUAACAGACCAACUUUCCCACUGCGUUGUUUUUUUUUUCAAGCUCAUCUAGGUAAAAGGAAUCUGAAGGACUUCAAGUUUCAAAAGUGACGUCACUUCUGCUCUCAGCCUCCAACAGUUUGGUCUCCUAGCGUGAGCGGAUACAGACAUUUGGGAGCAGUUUGCUGGAAUUUCUGAAGAGCUGCUUUUUUUUCUUUUAAACCCAACAUCUUAACUAUUUUCCAAGUUCUUAUGGAUCAGCUGGUGCGUUUUCAAAGAUGUUUCUGCUUCAAUAAUCUGGACUACUAACUGGAGCCACAUGAAGAAUAAAGGGACUAAACAGAAGUCCAAAAAGAAAGGAAGUGAAAAUGCGUUCGGCUGUGACUUGAUUGAGCAUCUCCACAUUUCAGGACAAGAUGUUCCUCAGGUUCUCACAAAAUGUGCAGAGUUCAUUGAGAAGCAUGGGAUUGUGGAUGGGAUCUACAGACUGUCGGGGAUCACGUCAAAUAUUCAACGUCUCAGGCAGGAAUUCUGCUCCGAGGCAGGCCCUGACCUUACAAAGGAAAUGUACCUCCAGGACAUCCACUGUGUGGGUUCCUUAUGUAAGCUGUACUUCAGGGAGCUACCCAAUCCUCUGCUAACAUAUGAGCUGUACAGCAGAUUCACGGAAGCCAUCUCGGUUCAGGGAGAUCAUGAAAAACUUUCACACAUUCAGGGUGUUAUCAGGGAGCUGCCCGCCCCUCACUUUAGGACUCUGGAGUAUCUUACAAAGCACUUGGCUUACCUUGCAACUUUAAGCACUCAGACAAACAUGCACACGCGCAACCUGGCACUGGUGUGGGCUCCAAAUCUCCUGAGAUCUAAGGACAUUGAGGCCUCUUCCGGUAAUGGAGACAUGGCUUUCCAGGAAGUACGGAAACAGCAGUCAGUGAUAGAGUAUAUUUUAAACCACACAGAGCAGAUCUUCAGUGGGGCGUCUGCACCAAUAAAACCAAAAGAAGGACAAAGUUUGGUGUGUGGAGAAAAGUAUGCAACCCUCCCGAUCAGUGGCCAGAGCGGGCCGAUGAAACUGAUGAGCCUAGAAGAGGCCCAGGCUCGCUCCUUGAGCCCAAACCACCCGUUGCAUAAAGAACGUCAGCGUGAGAACAGUCUGCCUGAUACCAGCAGCGCCACGCUCUAUCAUACUGUGAUAGACACAUCAGACAAAAGAAAGUUUUCUGGGAAAUCAAAGAAAUGGAAGUCUAUCUUCAACCUUGGAAGGUCUGUUGAGUCAAAGGGAAAACUUAGCCGCAAUGGUAGUGUCUUCAUCCGAGCACAGGGGAUAACACAAAAGGCAGCUCUUCGACCAUCCAGGAGCAUGGAAUCAUUGUGCUCCUUACCACCAGAUGACGAACGUUCAGGAAGCCAUAUUCCAGCUGCAGGAUCCAGCAACACUCUGACUCCGGAUGUGAAAUCCAGAACGCUGGGGUCCGACUCUUUGCUCGAUCUGAGUGAACGUGACCAAAACUGGGAGUCAAAAGGGAAGAAGGCUGGCGGGGCAGCAGGGGGCUGGAGUGUCAACAUGAAACCGAUGGACUUACCAGGAGCUUCUGCCACUCCCCAGAAGCCCUUGCCAGAGCAGCUUAAAGUGUUCAAAGGUGAUGACCUUUGUGGUUCCAAGCCGACAUCUCCAAAAAACAGGAGAAUGUUGUACUCAGGUUCCUCCCACAACAGCUCAUCCCGACCUUCAUUCCCGGGAAGCUUCUUCCCACUGGAAUCCUCACCAAGACAUCAGCGUAGAGCCGUCAACAUCUCUGAGCCUUUUGCUGUGUCUGUUCCCUUACGUGUGUCGGCUGUCAUCAGCUCUAACAGCACACCUUGCAGGGGACACAACAAAGACAAAGCGCCAGCUCUGAAGACCAGCAAGGAGCCUCCAGAGCACAGAGGUCUGAGAGGAAAGAGCAACACGUUUCCCAAACUGGAGCCAAAGAAGCAGGAGGGAGCAGACAAGAAAACCACCCAAGUGCAAGCCUCUAGAAAACUUCCACAAGAUUUAAACAAAGACAUUUUACAAGAAAGACAAGAAUGGAGAGAAGUUUUUGACAUGGAUGCACUGACCAGGAAAGAAUGCAGAAAGGUUGCGCCACCUUCUGGAAUAAACUUGCACAAACAGCCUACAGAUACAAAACAGGAUGAAAGAUCCUCGAUAAUAAAAAAUCUGCGGUCUGACCUCCACCAAGAACUGAAGAUAACUGAGCCUGAAAUUGACCUGCUGGAUGAAGCUUUCAAACCAGCUUUCUCCACAGUGACCACGUCUGGAAACACCAAGUUAUCAAGAGACGUCCAGUCAAAACGAAGCCGCAGCUCUCCAUCUCUGUCCUUGCUGUGCACAGAGCAGCUGUCAAACACCUCUCUGGGUGAUUGUGGGAAGGCCCCUAGAUCUGAUGGCAAAAAGAAGCAGCCCUCAGAAUCAGACCUUUUGUUGUGCGUUCACAAAAACGGUGAUGCGAUCUCUGCUGGAAACACUCAAAAAGUUUGUCCCGCUGAUCCAACGCAUGAAUCAAAGGGGCCCAAAGAGCAACGAACCUCCUCUUUGCAGAUUCAAGCUUCCUCAAAGGAAACCCGGUUGAGUCAUGUUUUAAAACCUUUGAUUUUAAAGGACUUUCCGCAGGUCACACGCUUCCCAGGCACAGCCAGAAAAUGUCUGAAGCACGAGGUUCCUCGGGAGAAAACGGAAAAGUCAAACAAUGCAGAAAAGAUCAAUGAGAUUCAAAUGAUAGAAAGUGGACAGAGGAUCUCGGUUUGUUCACAGGAGACAACCAAUUUCCUGGAGCUUCCAAACCUCGAUGACGAAGAAGGAUUUGGGAGAAACCUGGAAGAGCUGGACUUGGUGGAGUCCUGGGAAGAUCUUUGCUCCACCAAGCAGUGGGUCACAAGUCCUCUCCAUUCUCCAGAUGUGGAGGAAUUGUUUGACAAGCUAUCACCCUUCAGGUCAAGCACGGAUACUCCAGACUUGGAUACUGUAAAGAUUUCAUCUCUUUCACUGGAUAAAUUCAACCAAAGCUCCCAGCAUUCCAGCACUGACACAGAAACUAAACUGACUCAUUGGCCAUCAGCACCAGUGCAAAUGGAACUGAGCAGAUGUAAUGCAAAACAACCAAUAAAGAGCAGCACAAUAAAGCCAAAGAAUACAGUAUCAUCUCAGAAAUUUCUCAGACAAUCAUCUUGUGAUGCAGCCUUGACAGAGAAAAGAGAGGACAGUUAUCUGUCCAAGCACAGGCCCUGUUCUCUGAACCUGGACUUGGGGUAUCGAUGCAUUAAAGAUAUCUCAAACCAGCAAAAUCGAGACUCAGAGUUUUCUGCCACACAUAGAGGAUUACUGUCCGGUGGAAACAAAGUCCAUUCAGAGCUGGAUCUGUUUCUAAAUGAUCGUCAGGCGCCUCUUCGGCGAAACUCUGCGCCAGUCAGUGUGUCGUCAGUGCGCACAGCCUUCAUGAUCAAAACGUGUCAGGCCAGAGCUGUGCCAGUCGUCCCUCCAAAGGUGCAGUACACCCAAACUCCUCAAACCAGACAAGAAAGUCAUCUUAACCCAGUAAAGAAACAAGAAAGAGAAUGUCCAAAAAUGAGUGUAGAGACAAGCAAUGCCGCUCCUGCUCCAAAUAUGUCAGAUCUGAAGGAGGAGCUAGAGAACAAAGAGCCCAAACACCUAAAACAUCCAAAUCUUGACAAACCGGUUGAGUCUGGGAAGACCACAUCUACUCCAGAACUGCCCAUCAUUACCAGGAGACACAACCCCAAUUUGGAAGUGUUUGUAGAUUGUCCCAGACCCACCAAAGGGAAUGUACACCAAAGGCCUUCCUUCAGGAACAGACAGAGACCUCAGAGUCUCAUUCUGCUCAGUCCCCCUUUCCCCAUCAUGGACUACCCCUCAUCAGGGGACGACGGAAAGCUCCUUUCAUCUAUCAAGAGUCUGAAUGACACGUCGGCAGUGAACGUCCUCUCUAAAGACAUAGCAGAGAGUAUCAGGACAUCAGAGGGACUAUCUCUUCAAAAUAAAAUGACUAUUCCAAAAAGUGGGCAAAGACUGGAAACAUCAACCAGCUGCUUCUACCAACCUCAGAGGAGGUCAAUGAUAUUUGACAGCAGAAGCCACAGGCAAAUAGAGUGACUGCAGUCCAGUGUAUGGCAUCUAAAAAUGUUCAGCGUUUGAGGAACUUUGCCUUGGAGAUGGAGGGCUCGCUGUUAUGAUAAUCGGUUGGAAGUCUGCUUGAAAAAUAAAGCAUAUGUUGAUGUAAAGGAUUCCUGAUGAAUAUUUUCUUAGUGUUCUGAGUCUCUUAGCUUUAACAUUUGCUCAGAUAUCAAGCUGUAGUAUUCUGCAAGGAGCCACACCUCCAGUGAAAAUAAAAUCUCUAUCUUUGCCAACAAAUGCUUUCAUAAACCUAACAGUUUUACAAAAAAUUGCUUGAAGCUAAUUUCUCCUAAUAUUUUCUGUACAAAAAAAUGAAACUCACAUUAAAAUGUUAUGAUUUUUUACCAUUAUUAUUAUUAUUUUUUUAACAUAUUAUCAAGAAUGAAAUAGUACAAACUACACGGAUAAAGAAAAAAAAUAGUGGGCCGGCUCUUUUCAAAAAGGGUUUUGGAAGAAAACAAAAAAGUGGACUCACAGAUUAUAGCCAAUAAGGAUUACGUUUUAGAUAAAUUUAGGUUUUAUUGAAAGCCCUCCUCUAAUUUGAUUUUUUAAAUUAGUAUAUGACUAAAAACAAAAAUAUUUUGAAAUGUAAUGAUUUCCUGAGGGUGCCAGUCCUCCUGCAUCUGCAUGCCUUCUAUCUAAAUGUGUUUUUACUUCAGCAAUAAGGUCUUUAAAGUUUUUUUUCUGUUGUGUUCAAACAUCUGUGCACAACGACAUUUAUUUCUAGAUGUACAAAAUUGAAAGCAAAUUUAAAAUCCUCUUCUUUUUUUGUUGAAUGUCCCCCCAAUAAGCCAUUGUUCUUUGUAUCCUGGCCAAGUUUGGCUGAUUUAAAAGUUUUAAGUUUUUAUCUUUGAUUAUUAAAACUAAUUUAAAGCA